AUGAGAGGCCGCAAUCUAAAGCCCUCGAGGGUAUUCCAAACAGCCCUCCAACUUCUCGAAUCUGGAAGCAUAAGUAACCCCCCAGCAUGGUUCGACACCAUUGGGUCAAUUCCUCCUGGAGAGAUCCUGACACGAAUGCAACCUGUCCAGCACCGAGAGACAAAGAUCAAUUCACGAAUACGAAAGCCGAGCAAGAUGUUCAAGCCACAACCGAUAGAGUAUGAGGAGGAUCAAUUACGGCAGGAGUUUUACAACGAUCACCCGUGGGAGCUGGCAAGGCCGAGGAUUGUGUUGGAGAAUGAUGGUAGGGAUGGGCAGAGGUGUGAUUGGAGUAGGAUACAACAAUUAGCAAGGCCGCUGAGCGGAGAGAGUGUUGUUCAAAGGCAGCUCUGGCUUAUUCAGAACACCGGUCUCCCCAAAAGUGACGCUUACGAUGUUGCCCGUAAGGAAUUCUAUGCACUGCGGCACGAGCAGGAAGUCGAGCGCCGAGUUGCAAAGGAAGAGGCGAUGUGGACCGGAGCAUACUUUGGCAAGAGCAUGUUAGAGAUUGGCAUGCAGUUAGAAGACAAGGUCUAUGAGGGAUGGAGGUCAUGGGCAGGGACAGAAAUCGAGGUGGCGGACAGGGACCGAGACGCUGCGUACAACAUCGGUAUUCCAGAAACCGAUGAGGUUGAGGUCCGGAUGAGGUGCAAGUUGAAGAGCCUGCUGCGGCUGCGGCUUAAGAGACCCUCAAUUGCAUGGGAAAGUAGGCUCAGUUGUACAAUAUGUAAUUAUGUCUUUAUACGGGUUUUGAUCCUCACAACUGCAUUAGACUUUCAGGACUAG